AUGGAUACCCAAAGAGCUGCUCCCGUCAUUCAAGUUGUCCCUGAAGAAGUUGAUAUCCCUGUGGUUUCACCAGUCAAGCCACUGAGUUAUGAAGAAGCCGACGCCGAAAUCCGCAAAGGUGCCGACUCAUUCUCUUUCAAAGUUGCCAACGACCGCCUGGGUCGUGUGGAUGUGGUCAGUCUUGGGACUAAAUUCCCAAGCGAGGAUUGUUGGGAUGUUGCCGUUGUGAGAGGGGCAGACGGCCAAGAUACACUAUAUACUGGGGUUUAUGAUGGACAUAACGGGGCGGAAACUUCUGCUGUCCUUGGUAAAAGCCUUAUCCCAUACGUUGCCAACGCACUGGCUCGUCUUCCUACCAGCAAUGACCCCGCUAGCGCUGAAGAUGCUAUCAAAAAGGCUUUCAUCAACCUGGAUAAUCGGAUCUUGAGCAUUGCUGAAACUGCGCUUGCCGCAGGUCACCCAGCUGGCACAGCGGCGGUUCGUGUCGCUACGGGUCCCGCCUUUGCUGGCUCAUGCGCGCUGCUUCUUGUAUAUCAACCUAGCUCUGCAACUUUACAUGUCGCCCUCACAGGUGAUUCUAGAGCUGUGAGGGCCCAGUGGUCUCCAGAGCUAGGUAAGCCCAUGGUGGACGUACUAAGCAAAGACCAGAACACAUGCAAUGAGCAAGAGAUUGCCCGCAUUGCUGCCGCGCAUCCAGGAGAAGAGAAGGACAUAUUGGAUAUGAAUGAUGGGCACCUUUUAGGCAUGACUCCCACAAGAACAUUUGGAAAUCAUCGAUGGAAGUGGCCCACUGAGUUGGUCAUGAAAGCUCGGGGCAACUGCCACGGCCCAGCGCCACAUGCCAACUCUAAAACGCCGCCUUACUUGACGGCCUCGCCCGAGGUCACGACGCGCGUAGUCGGUGCGCGCGACUUUGUGAUUAUGGGCUCCGAUGGGCUCUGGGAGGCGAUUAGCAACGAGGAUGCCGUGGAAUGCGUCUCACGCUGGCUCGCCGCUCGGCGCGAGGGCAGACCGGAAACCGUGGUCGAGUCAGACGAGUCUCGGUACGAUGUCAACGAGGACGGCUCGCUGAGCCGCACGGCGCGAGCGGCCGACUUUGCCAUUGAAGAUUUGGAUAACGCGGCGGUGUGUUUGCUCAAGAAUGUACUUGGUGGCAGGCACAGGUACAUGGUGGCGGGAGCCUUGACGGCCACUGAGCCGAUGAGCCGCCGUGUACGAGAUGACAUAACCAUACAGGUUAUAUUCUUUGAGGCUCCUUAA